UCUGACUCACAACUUGUGGGCGCACAUUGUUGUGCAUGUACAUCUAGUUGCUCAAGAUUGCUGAUUGUUAUAAUUUCGCACAAACACCGAGAGCCUCUGUAGUCCAGGAAUAUGAACAAGAAGAUGGUGGCAUUUCUCUUCCUUGUUCAUCUGAUGGCUCAUUCGAUAGUAGGUCAAGUAACAGAGUGUUCAUUUAGCGGUUUUCCUGGUGAUGACAGUAUUUUUUGCAGAGGGCACACAGGGCAAGAUUCACCAUGCACAAAUGAAAGAGAAUGUUGUAUGAACCCCAUUACGCCGGGAUGCUUCAAUAUGUCAGUUAUUCAAGUUUACGGUUUGUGGAGGCCACCUCGUGUCUGUUCCACGAAAGACUUCUCUGUAAAGCAGACUGGCAACUCAACUAAUAAAGUCAUAGACGGUCACGUGAUAGACUAUCAUAAGGUCGUAUCUCGUACACAAUGCGGUGACUUCUGCAUACGCGAACCUCGAUGCAGUGCAUUUAAUCUGGCAACUUUCACAGACCACGAAGGCAAAAUGGAAUGUCAGCUGAUGGACAAUGAUGAAAGAAUCAUUAACAGAAAUGGAUUCAGUUUUUGGCAUCUCGACAGAGAUUCGUAUAUAGAGACCUAUCUGUCACCACUUUGUGAAUCCUAAGGUCAAGGAAAAGCAUCAUAUAGUGUCAACCAGAAGAUUUGGAAGAAGAGGGAAAAACACAGCGAAAAAGGGAAGAGACCUUUGAUAAUCUGCACAAAGAUAAUACACUUUUCAUUCAAAUUUUUGAAAACUCCUCACAAAAAGAAGAUGCGGAAAUUUUCCUAUGUCACAAUGACUUGUCUAAGAUCCGAUCAGCACUCUUCCUGAGUUAUCUCCGUACAAAAACUUUUCGUUGUUGUGGCAAUCAGACCUUGCUUUGUUUCAAUCUUUCCUCCAGCAACUCAAUCAUGGUAUUCAUAGCUUUACUACCGCGCAUAAAAUUGAUAAUCAUAAAAAUUACAAUUUCCUUGAUUUUUAUUGGUUUAAAAAACUCAUACUUUCUACUAAUUCACCAGCCAAGUUGUUAUCGGACGGUCCAAUAAGCCAAACACA